CUAUAGACAGAGGGAAAGGGUAGGCCUGAAAUACUUCAGUCCAUAUGAGAGAGGCAGCCUGUAUUCAGAUGACAUGGCAAACCAUACCGUUGUUUGAGCCUGUCAUCUCAUAGCAAACCCCUGUCUUAAGCAGCUUUAUGAAGGAGAGUUUGCAGUGAUUAUGUUUUGCCAUUGCAACUGAAUUCUUUAACCACUGACAAACAGCAUUUAUCAUAUAGCUUGGUCUCAAGAGGCUGUUGUGCUGAAAAGAUAGGAGAGAUUUUAUGAAGCUGAUUGCUGAGCAGAUGGAAGUUGGAAACGGACAAGUAGCUCUACAUUGCCUAUUGUACAUUUCAGAGCUCAAGCUAUGCUAGGAGUUCUCCCCUGUGUUUAACACAGAUCAUGAUGGUUAAAGACUGGUAGGGUGCAGGGGACAACAUGAUCUUCAUGCUCAGUUGCCUUUAAAAUGGAAUAAACUUCCCUGGGGUGAUCCGUUGAUCAUUCUCUCUCAGGCUGUGCUCCCACUGGAUAGGCAUUUGGUGGGAAGGCUGUGGGCCUUGCUUAUAGUAUAGGGUCAUUUGUGGGACAGCUUUUGCACUCCCACUUGACACUACUGCACAGGUAGGGUUUGAUUUAAACUUAAAUUAGGGAAGGCCAACAUUUUUCAAUGAUGCUUUUACUAGCUAGAUUUCAAUAUCUUGGAUGCAGAUGUUUAUGUUUUUAAAGAUAACUGAAAACUUUUUAGCAUAGGUUGCUUUAAUUUUAAAUACAUACUGUGAUAAAUAAAUAUUAGGCAAUAACAGUUACAUAAUAGCUUGUUCAAAUAUGUAUCAAAUAUUCUGUCUGGAAAUUCAUGUCUGUAAAUGUCUAGGGAAAAUACUUUUUUUAAUGUCACAGUGGAGGGGGAUUUGGUAUAUCUUCUAAAUCUUUUUCACUGGGAAAUUCAUUCUGCUAUGACUCAGGAAAAUUGAUCAGAAGUAUCUUUUCAAAAUUUGUCUGGCAUAUGGGUGUCCUUAAUACCCUUUUUUCCCAUGGGUUAAUGAUCAAUAAUUUUACAAGGCUUACAGAUCAGUCCUCUGCAGAGUGAGGUACAUCAAAGCCCACUGGAAUCUGCAAGUUUACCUGUCUAUGUACAGAUUGGGCUGUAAUCCUUUAUUGGUUUUCUGGAUCCUCAGAUGGCAAGGUCUUGUCUGUCUGGGUGUGGCCUGUGCCACCAGAGUGAAGACAUAUUACAGGGCUAUAUCUCAUGGAAGGACUAUAGCUCAUGGAAGAGAAAAAUCGUAUCAGGACAUCCUUGGUUUCCAGGUUACCAAAGUAUGGAACAAAACCUGCUGGGACUAUCCUACCGACAGUUCCAAAUGGAACAGCUCUUAAUUUAUCAGGGAAUACUCAACGCAGUGACAAAAAAUUCAGCAAGCACAAUGGCACUAUUAACAUGUCUUCCUUCUCUAUUAACUGGCGAAAAUCAAAUAAAUACCAAUUGGGUGAUCAGAUUAGUAGUGAAUCUAGCUCCAGUCAUAAUUCCAGUGAAAGAUUGACUGAUUCGGAAAAGUGCUCUCAAUCGGAAAGAGCAGGUGGUAAAGACGUGCUCAGGGUGGGUUCAAAUAGCGCCUUCUCAAAAAUUGCAAAGCAAAGCAACAUGUUUGUGUCUCCUGCAGAAGAAUUAAACCAAACAGCUUUGUCUGGAUUGUCCAGUUCAGCUAAGUUCACCAAAAGCUCAUUGUUAGGUAGGCCUUCAUAUUCUGGACCUACUGCUCCAAAAUCUCACUUGAAUGGAAUUUGUGGGAAUCGAUCGACAGGUCUGCAGAGGAAUAAAGGAAAUUCUACUGCCACCAGGAGCAGCUCAGGGGAGAGUCUUGCAAAGUCAACAGACAAUGAUAAAUCAUGUGAAACUAUGGUGAGGUCACAAAGCUUUUCACAUUCCAUUCAAAGCUCUUUCUUGCCCCCUGCAUCCCUAACCAGGUCACACUCUUUUAAUAGAGCUGUGGAAAUUGCAAGGCCUUAUCAAAAUCAGCACCUAGCUAUUAGAACAUCUCAGAGGUCAAAUCUGUUGUCAAGAAGUGCACGGCAGAUCGAUAUGCCCAAUGCUAAUGAAUCUUUAAGGUAUGGAUUUGCUAGAUCAUAUAUUGCUUUUGCACCUGCUGUUUUGAAGAAACCACCACUGUCAAAUGGCUCUGGGGAUGGACCCUGUCUGAGAUUUAGAACAGGACGUCCUUCAUUACUGAAACCUAGUAACCAACAUUUGGGCAGGAAGAUUCCUGUGGAUGGCAACAUAAGUAAAGAUACUGAAAACUGCACAGUGGAGAACUCAAUUUCAACAAAUACCAAUGGAAGUAUUGAUGCAAAUGGAACACAAAACAGUGAAAGAAUAGAAGAUGGGGAGGUUGUAUGUAAUAAUUUUGUAGAAAGUGGCUGUAAGAUUUUAAUGGAUGGUGAUGUGGAUGAAAUAUCAAUUUCUUCCUUGUCCUCGUCUGAGAAAAAUGAUCUGAGUGAAGACUUUAGUGAUGACUUUUUAGAUUUAGAAGAUCCAAACAGAACAAUAAAAAUCGAAGAAAAGGAAGCUUAUGAUCAAGAAGUGGAUUGUGGAAAUGGAAUAUUGCUAGAACAACUUCUGUCUCAUAAAAAAAGUGAAACACCAAACUGCAAUUCUGACGAAUGGCUAGAUAUACGUGAUACUGUAGUAGAUGACAAGAGUGAAAGUGCAAAGCAUUCUUCUGGGAAUAAUGUGAUUUCCUCUGACAUGGACUACAGAGCUGGCUCCUCCUUUGAACUUUCUCCAUCCGAUAGCUCUGAUGGGACAUAUAUGUGGGAUGAAGAAGGGUUGGAGCCCAUUGGGAGUGUCCAUCCAUGUGGAAGUUAUGACUCUUCAGAAAUGAAUAGUAUAGAUAUCUUGAAUAAUCUUGAUUCAUGUGAUCUUGAAGAUGAUGACCUUAUGCUUGAUGUCGACUUACCUGAAGAUGUACCCUGUGAUAAUGUGGAUUGUGAAAAUAUGAACCGUUAUGAGCGUCCAGACAGAAAUAUCAGACAGCAGAAAGAGGGGUUGUGGAAAAGAACCCCACAACGAUGGAAUGCCCAAGACCAUUAUCAUCUUGGGCACACUGACCACUAUCCCCACAGUAAAAAUGAUCUGAACAGGAGCUGCAACUAUUUAGAUGCCUCUCCUGUUGGUCACCUUGAAGGCUAUGGAGCACCAGCCUUGUACCCGCCUCUGCGGAGUUUGCCAGCAAACACUGUGAUGCUGGAUGAAAUGACGCUUCGGCAUAUGGUUCAAGACUGUACAGCUGUGAAAACACAGUUAUUAAAAAUGAAAAGGAUACUUCAUCAGAACGAUGAAAAUGUGUCACUCCACAACAUUGCUCUCUCAUUGCCUUCAAGCCCAGAACUUCAGGAGCCUGAACCAAUAUAUAAGACUGAUGAUUUGCUGAGCGAGAUCACACAGCUUAAAGAAGACCUAAAGAAGAAAGAUGAAACAAUCAAGCAACUGGAACAUCGGCUUUCUGUUAGAUGUAACUGCAGCGAAGACAGCAAAAAACCUGAAGUGGACUCGUGCACGUAUGCUGACAAAUACACACAGACCUCUUGGAAGAAAAGUGCUCCUCAAGUACUACAGCCUUCCAGCCUCCUUCCCCGUUUCACAGACCUCGCCCAGGGAAAAUUAAUAAAAACAUCACACACCGCGGCCCUCAGUGAAAAUCCCAGUCAAGACCAACAGAAAACCGGUGGCCAUGAACAUCAGAAUGCUGCAAAUGGCUCUUGCACCAAUAGCCUAAAUGUACCAAGCACUUUAAAUACCCGUUUAAAUGUUAAAAAGUCGGAGGAGAAUUCACAUUCCAUCAAGAAUGUUAAAGUUAGAGAGAAAACUAAAGAACUGACCGGUAGAAAAUCUAAUAUGCUACAGACUCAUCCCUCUUCUUGCCAAUCGUCUGCCCAACAUAAUACGCAAGAAGUGCAGACCAAAUUAGUUCUAAAAAAUAAUUAUUCACGAACAAACGAGGCUUCACCCCCAAAGACUUCAAGAGCUACAAAACCCCCAAAGCAGAAUGCUUUAGUGCCUCCUCCAGUAACUGUUGCAGCAGCAUCUCCAGAAGGCUCUCCUGCUUCAAAGGAGCCCAAACUGAUGCCACCGGGCAGCCCAGCGCAACUGCAGUCAGCAUCCAGUCAGCCUGAUCUGAAUAGAAAGAGCCAGAGAACCUCUAAACUUCGUCCUCCAACCAUUUCCUUUAGGCCCAAGCAAACGACAAAUCCAAGUAUCAUGAUACCUCCCGAACAUCAGAACUCCUCACCUCAGACAAACCACUCAAGACAACUAACACAAGCAAAGGAAAAUAUGCAGAACCAAGAUUCAAGCAUCCGUUCUGGUGACAGCGUGGCUUCUAAUCGGCAUUCCCGCCUCCCUAAACCAAAGACAUAUUGAAAGUAUGACUUGCAUAUGCAUUUGUCAGUGUCCUGUAUUGUGAAGCUGCUUACCCUCAUCCUUCCUUGCCUCAGUCAGGAUUCUACAUCCAAAGUGUCCAAGCAUUGAAUGCUGCGUUUCUUCUAGCAUCUGACUAUUCUACUCUCUCUUAAUUUCGUACCAUUUAGAAAUGUACAUCAUUCCUUCAAAAUGUGGUUUGCAAAAGCCUAUGGUUUCCACUGUUUGCAUUAUCCGCAAGUCCUUUGAAAGUUAGCUUGGCUUGAUACUAAUGUUUUCAGUGACUACUGGUUGCCAGAGUGUUACACCAUUCGUCAGAGUCGGCUGUUUCUGGAAAAGUCUAUGAUUUGGACUACUGAAUAACAGAUGGCUAAGGCUUCACUUUACAUUCUAAUUAUAAGUGGUGGUCAUACUAUACAGUGAUGGUCCUUUUUGUCUUCAUCCCCAGCCAUAAUUCUGACUCCGCAUCUCAGAGGCCUAUGCAAAAUGCUCCUGUUUAUAACAAUGCUCAACCCAAGACAUUCUUUAGAAUGUCUGUUUGGUGUUUGUUUAAGGCUUCUGUUUUUCCAGACAGAUCCUAAAUUGCUUUAUUUGCUUUUGGAUCUAUAUUCACUGUUCACAAGUGGCAAGCGGAAUUUCAUUGGGUGAAAUGGAACUUAACUGUAUUUAAACAUUAAUUUAUUGAUGCACUAUAGAUAGCCUGUAGAAUGUUUUUGUGUUCUGCAGGUGUUGUGAGAUAACUGAAACCCCCAUUUAGAAUACGUUUUUAGGAUACAUGUCCAAAACCCCUUUUCAUGCAGGCCGUCAUGAAAUGGAAUGUGAUAUGACUUGGAAUAAGUCUGUGACUUCCAUGCUGAGUAUAUUCCUAACAUCUUUCAUUUUAGAGUUUAACAAUGCUAAUAUUAUUUAUUGAUUUCUGUAGCUGUUAACAAGUCUCAAGAAGCCAACUUGAAAAGUUUGCACAAAACUUUGCCAUAAAUGUAGGGAUUUGAGAAUAGUUUUUCCUAAUAGAAGCUUGUUUUUUAAGCCCUAUUUUAAAAUGCACAUGUUUGGGGAAACUGCUUGGUGUAAGAUGAGAAGAGUUCAGGGGUUAAAACUGCUUUGCAAUGAAUGAUAGGUGGAAAGUUGAUGGGUAAAUGUAAAAAAACCCCUCUCAGAUAUAUCCUGCAAGAAGUUGGGUGUAGUCAGAUUUUUAUGGCACCAUAACAUAAAUAGAUACACCCACAGCUUAAAUAUGCAAUGAAAAGCAUCAAACCCCCAAAGGCAAAUAUAAAAUAUCGGUUUAACUGCAUCUAUGUCUAACUCAGGUGCCAACCAGAUGGUAUUUUCCGAUACUGUCUUCUGUAGAGUUUGAAUGAAACAGUUAAAUGAGAGUUCCAUCAUGGUGGCUUUGACCCAUCUGUUGACUCAAGCAAGGAUUUUGCAGGAAAAUGCAUUUUAAAACUUAGACUAUUUGUAGCCAUUUGCUUCUUUUAAGCCAAGGAUUACUUCUGCUCUCAGCAGGGAUGUUGAAGAAACUUGGAAAGACCAAACAUAUUCAAUUGCAAGACUGACCACACACACCUCUUAGGUGAACUAUAUAUGUAUCACCUUUAAACUUGCAAUGAAACAUUUCUGGUUGCUGUCUCUCCUCAGUUGUGGGAUAUUUUUCCCCUAAAAUAUUUUCAAGUGGGACAAAUAUUUUAAACCACUUGUCUUAAAGCAACCAGUGUUGGGUGAUAAGAGGCCUAAGUUUUAAAUGUUAACAAAAAUGUUUUGGAAUUACCCAUUGAACCACAUGGUUUAUAAUCAAACUGUCCAUAGAGUUGUGAUGGAAUAAUUGUUCAAAGGAUGGGGUUCUUGUGCAGGGAUUAUUUAAAGCUGCAAAGCAAUUUGUCUUAACAAAUUUUGGUUGUGGUCAGAGUAGAGGCAUAGUUGGGGCUUUUUGUCUGAGCAUUAAAUGUAACAGGAUCCCAUAUGCCAUACUUUCCACUAUUAAAACACUCCUGAAAGAGAAGUUCGUGGUUCUUCUUGUUCUUACAAGAAGAGAGUUGUGGUUGGUAAACGAAGUUUUAGAAUUGAAUUGGUUAAAUCAUAUUUCACAUUCGGUCUCACAAUGACAUCACUUGAGGUCUACCUUGCAGGGAUUUACCCAAAAAAGAAAGAAUUCUGCCACUUUUUUGUCACAGGGAAAGUUGUAUGAAAAAUUGUUCACCUGGAAAAAGGAGUUGCUAUUUGCCUAGUGCAACUGCUGGUUACAAGAUGGCUUUUAGAGAAAAGCCCUUUGCAUCCAUUUUAAAAGCUAGACAUGUUUUUUAAGUAUAAACCAGAAAACUUUCAAGGAUUUAUUUUUUAAUUCGUAUUACUGAAAUUAUUACUUAGGGCACUUAAUGUCAACAAAGCACUGCGGGCAGGCAUGUUUCUGUUCCUUACGUUAGCUUCAGUAAAAUAUAAUACUUGAUGAAAAUAAACUGUUUUCCAAAGGUAAUUUUAGCAUUGCAUACCCUCAUUUUUUAAACCGACAGACAGGCAUUUAAGAAGCAAAGCUGAGGACAGAAGGUUGGCUACAUGUUAGGUGGUGAUGGGUAGCCUCAGCUGUGUGCACUUCAACAUACACAAAUUUUAGAGUUCUGGGGUAAGUCGGCUAUCACAUGACCGGAGUAUGUUGUUAAGGAUCAUUGCCUCACUACCUCAGGCAGUUAUCUGACAAUGAAAGCCAAGCUCAGAGAUAAUGGCUUUCACCAACUUGCAUUAGUCCAAAUAUUUAAACUGGGCAUGUGCACUUUCUCUGAGUGUUACCAUAUGAAAGGAAGUUCUAAUGUAUGUUUCGAAAGUCCAGAGUAGGAGAGAGAGAUUUUUCAGAUGUGGGGAGGUGACUGAAGGCUCAGUAUAGUUUGUAGAUAGUGCUUUGUGGAAUGCCAGGCCUGCGGUGAGACUCCAGUAGAUGCAAGUAUCUAUUUCAAGGAAUAUCAGUACUUAACUUCAAAGUGAAGAAAUGUAAUUAGGAUCAGAACAGAGAUUUAUUUUAGGUAUAUAUAUUAAACAAUUGGAUUUUUUAACCUGUGCAUUUUAUCCUUUUGGAUUCUCCUACAUUAUGCAAUAAUUUCUAAAGUAUUAAAUUGCUUCUCAAAAGUGUAUAAGGAAGAAGAUAUUGGUCUUUUAACAAUAGAUGCAGAUGUGCAACAAAACUAAUUUGCACUUUAAAUGAUGAACUCUUUUGCUUGGAGUUGUGCCUAUAUUUAAUCUACAUGCCUAUGGCUGAGUUAGUGAAAUAGUUUUCAAUAAGUAUUGGGUGUUAGGAGUUGGUUUUUUGUUUUUUAUUUUGUACAAUGAAAGCUUACCACAGACAAUGCAGCUCAUAAAAUGACUCUAAGCUGUCUUUCUUUGCCACCAGUCCUUCAUUAUUUCUAGACAUUUGUUCAUGGUACUGUAGCCUACAGGACUGCAAGACUUAGUCUCCCAACAGUUUGUCUUAGUGAGCUUCCACUUUUUAAAUGUCCACAACGUGCAUAGUGUUGCUGAAAGUUUGGAAGCAAUUCAUCCAAAAGAAAUACCCACAAAGGCAAACUUGCCAGAAGUGAGGCUUAAAUAUUCUGGGUCCUUAUGUAAUUUAUGCUGGUGCUCAUGUCAGGUUGGAUGCUGUCCUCUGUAUUUUGAAGAGAUCUGCCCUUCAAUUUAUAUGUUUAAAUUUCAUUUUUGAAGCAUUAACAAACCUGUGCAGUAGUUGAACUUCACCAGUUGUUGAGUGAAUCAUUUGUGUAAUCAAAUCCUUCAAGUGGUUCACAGAUAAAUAUGAUAUGAAUUCUAAAUUCUACUAUGGUGAAGUUCAGGUAGACAGCACAUAAAUCAGUCCUUGCUCUCAAAUGCUGAUUUUUGUGUUAAUGCAGUUUAUGUAACUUGAAUAGCACUUGUGGUUAUUUUGUCCACUGCAUGUCACUCCAUAGGCAUUCAUGAAGUCUUUCAUAUCCUGAUAGAUUAGCAUGCGUGGGGAUGAGAUGUAUGUUUUCAUAAGUUCUGGUUUUGGUAGAGAGGCAUUCCUAUGCUUUAAAAUGGAUAUUGAUUCUGGAAUAGUGUUUCCAUUUCAUCUGUCUUUCAUCCAGUUGCAGUGGUUCUCUGAAUGCUAUAGACACAAUCCAGCUGAGGUAUUGCAAAGGCCCACUAAUUUCAGUAGGAAAAUUAAGUUUGUGCUCAGCUCUCAGUGAAAGUAAGUGAGAAUUAAAUGCUUAGCAGUGUCGGAUCAUGGCCUGUUGAAACAUGAUCAUAGUUGCGGACACAGUUUUAGACUCUUCUACAACUAUGCUCUAGAAAAAUGCAAAGAUGUUUUGAUCACUGUUGUGGUAAAGCUGCUCACUGCCUAUGUAAAUGUCAAAAGCACCACAGUAAAUUAAUAUUAACUGCAGUGUUAGUAUUUGUCUUAAAAUUCAGUACUAGCUGCAAAAGUACCCUUAGUAUUUUGUUUAAAGAAAAAUCAAAGUAAAUACUGUAUAUUGGAACUUGCUUGUAAAGAUUUAAAAACUUGUAUGUAAAGACUUUCCUCAAUGUUGCUUUAGUGAAUAAAAUUCAUAAUUCGGA